AAACCCCAGUCCUACAAAGUCCUACAAACCACUAAGCCCAUAAGCCCAGAGGUCGGAGCCCCCGAGCCCCCGAAAGCCCACAGCCCCAUCGUCACCCGCCCCGCACCCCGACACUGCGGGCAUGGGCCCUCCAGCCCUUCCCGUCCCCCCGGGGGGGGGCCAUCCCCCUGGGUGGGUAUUUAGGGCCGGGCCGGUGGCACCCGGCCCCCCUCGCCCCCCGCCAUGCUGAGCGUGCUGCUGCUCCUGGGGGGCCUGGCCCCCGCCCUGCCCGCUGGUCCCCACUGGACGUACGAGGGUCCCCACGGGCAGCAGCACUGGCACGAGGGACACCCGGAGUGCGGGGGCCGGGCGCAGUCCCCCAUCGACAUCGGCACAGCGCGGGCACAGCCGGACCCGUCCCUGCCGCCGCUGCAGCUCGAGGGCUACGAGCACCCCGAGAGCCCCGGGCUGACCCUGGCCAACAACGGCCACACCGGUGAGCGCCGGGGGGAGAACCGGGGAGUCCCCGGUGCCCCAGCCCUGCUCACCCCCUGUCCCACAGCCGUGCUGGCACUGCCACCGUCCCUGCGGCUGCGGGGGCUGCCCCACACCUUCACCGCCGUUCAGCUCCACUUCCACUGGGGCCGGCCGGGCCACGCCGCCGGCGCUGAGCACCUGCUGGACGGGCACCGCGCCCCCGCCGAGAUGCACGUGGUGCACUUCGACAGCGAGCGUUUCUCCGAUGCCAGCGCGGCGCAGCAGCAGCCCGGCGGGCUGGCCGUGCUUGGCGUCCUCCUGGAGGUGGGAGAUGACCCCCACCCCGCCUAUGACAACAUCCUGAGGCAUCUCGGCAGCAUCAGCUAUGCAGGGCAGACGGUGGCCAUCCCCAGCUUCAGCAUCCAGGAGCUGCUGCCCGCGCACCUGGACCGCUACUACCGCUACAACGGCUCCCUGACCACCCCGCCCUGCUUCCAGAGCGUCCUCUGGACCCUCUUCCCGCAGCCCGUGCGCAUCAGCCGGGCCCAGCUGGAGCAGCUCCAGGGAAGCCUUUACUCCACGGAGGAGGCCGAGCCGGACGAGCCCCAGCUGCUGGUGGACAAUUUCCGCGCCCCGCAGGAGCUGAACCAGCGCCUGGUGCUCUCCUCCUUCCCCAGGGAGCCAGAGGGAUAUUCCACAGGUGAGGUCAUUGCCAUCAUUUUCGGCGCUGUCGCCGGCUGCGUCGGCCUCUUCCUCGCCGUCUACUUUGGGACCAAGCGGAUGCGCGCGAGGCGGGCGCAGGCGCAGGACGUCGUGUUCAAGGCCUCCUCCCGCCGCUCCCCCCUGGACACUGGACACCCCCGCUGACCCCAGGCUGGGCUGGGAGGGGCCCACACUGUCCCUCAGCCCUCCUGCCCAGAACCCCACUGCAAAUAAAGCCCUUUCCCCCUCCUGGUGGCUCUUUGUGGGGAGGGAAUGGGGGCUUUUGAGGGGCUUUGGGUCUGGAUCCUGUCACCCCAAGAAACCGGG